ACAGAUCUUCUCUUCAUAUAUAUGCUAUAAAAAUAAUAAUAAUUCACAUAAUACAAUCAUAAGAAUUUGAAUUUUUAAGAUUUGAGAGAGAAAGCUUUUGGCCUCUUAAGCUAAACAUUAACUGGAAACAUUACAUGGCAGUUCUCGACAAAGCUCGCAUCAGCCACGUGCUAUAUGUGUGAUAUAUUUUAUAGUCAUAAAAAUGUACGAUAAUCUUGCCAACCAUCAAUCUGUGAAAUAUUACAGCACAACCAUGUAAACGCCAGUUACCAUAUAUUACUCUCUCCCUUCAAAUUUUUUUUUAUUUUAUUUUCUUUUCUAUUGGUUUUGGUGGUUUCUUGAUUUAUUUCAUUUGGUUUCUUGGUUUCUUUGUUUCUUUAAUCUGUCUUCUUGUUUUCUUUAAUUUGGUUUCUUGGUUUAUUGUGUUAAUGGCAUCGGAGACUGAUAUUUUCUUGAAUGAUGGCGGUGACGCUGGUGUUUGUGGUAGAAGCAGUGGAGAAGAGGUUGAUGAAAAAGGUGAGGAAUGUGGUGCUUUACUUUCUCAGCAACGGCCGCAGAGUUUUAGAGAAACAACUGAAUCUUACUCAAUCUCAAUGUCACGAAACCAUGGGUUUCUUGGACAAGGAGAAAGCUCUCUUAAUUCAUGUGUUGGAAACUAUAGUACAAGUAAUUUAGAGAAGGAUAUAAAGUCUCCGUUACUGCCUGAUAAUGAAAAUAAAUAUCAGAAGGAAGACUCCCGUAUGGUCUCCUCAGCAGCUCAACUGUCAUUUUCAAAAGCUUCAUUUGCUAGUGAUGAAUUAUCCAUCCCUCAUGGAUGUAGCGUCAUGCAGACUGUCUUCAACUUGGUCAAUAUAAUGGUUGGAGUUGGGCUUCUUUCUACACCUUCUACAAUAAAAGAAGCAGGUUGGGCGAGUUUGAUUGUACUAGCUGUUUUUGCAUUUGCAUUCUGUUACACAGCUAAUCUUAUGAGACAUUGCUUUGAGAGUAAAGAAGGCAUUAUAACCUACUCAGAUAUAGGAGAAGCUGCUUUUGGGAAAUAUGGACGUCUUGCUGUAUCUAUCAUUCUAUACAUAGAGUUAUAUUCAUAUUGCGUGGAAUUUAUUACUCUGGAGGGUGAUAAUCUUAAUAGGCUAUUUCCUGGAACAUCCUUGGAGUUGGCUGGUCUUCAUCUUGACUCCAUGCACUUCUUUGGAAUUCUAACUGCUCUUGUUGUGCUGCCAACAGUUUGGCUAAGAGAUCUUCAUGUCAUCUCAUACCUUUCAGCUGGGGGGGUCAUAGUAACAAGUUUGAUUGUGCUUUGUGUGCUUUUCCUUGGUACGGCAGGCGGAGUUGGGUUUCAUCACACUAGUCCUUUGGUGAAGUGGAAUGGCAUUCCAUUUGCAAUUGGUGUUUAUGGGUUCUGUUGUGGUGGGCACCCAGUUUUUCCAAAUAUCUACCAAUCAAUGGCUGAUAAAAGAAAAUAUACCAAGGCAGCGAUAAUAUGCUUUAUCCUAUGUUUUCUGCUUUAUGGGGGUGUUGCUGUGAUGGGAUUUCUUAUGUUUGGUGAAGAUACACUAUCUCAGAUAACCUUGAAUAUGCCACCACAUGCCAUCACUUCGAAAGUUGCCUUGUGGAUUACAGUGAUCAACCCUCUCACAAAAUAUGCACUAUUGAUGAACCCAUUGGCCAGGAGCAUAGAGGAGCUACUGCCAGUUGGAGUAUCAAAUAGUUUGUGGUGCUUCAUUUUUCUAAGAACAGCCCUUGUCUUCUCUACUGUCUGUGUAGCUUUUCUUCUUCCAUUUUUUGGUCUUGUAAUGGCCUUUAUUGGUUCUGUCCUCUGUUUACUUUUGGCUGCAAUUCUGCCAUCUUUAUGCUUUUUAAGGAUAAAGGGGAAGAGCGCCACAAGGACACAGACCAUUUUGAGCAGAACAAUUAUUGCAUUGGGCAUCAUAUGUGUAAUCAUUGGAGCAUACUCUUCCUUGUCGGAAAUUGCGAAACAGUACUGGAAUAUGCAGAUGGUCUAACAUUUCAAGUAUUUAUGUUAAUUGGCUAUGUUGUCAUCCCUGCAACUAUUUGUGCUGUACUAAGAAAUUUUAGAUGUUUCAAUGUGAAAAUUGUCUAUCAACUUCUUGUCUCUUCA